AUGGUCAACUUCACGAUCGACGAAAUCCGGGCGCUUAUGGACAAGCCUACCAAUGUCCGUAACAUGUCCGUUAUUGCCCAUGUCGACCACGGCAAGUCUACCCUGACCGACUCUCUCUUGGCGAAAGCCGGUAUCAUCUCCACCGCCAAGGCUGGUGAGACGAGAGCAACAGAUACCAGAGCAGACGAGCAGGAACGUGGUAUCACUAUCAAGUCGACCGCCAUCUCCCUGUAUGGUGCUCUCGAGGAUGACGACGACCUCAAGGACAUCGUCGGCCAGGCCGCUGAUGGCAACGGUUUCCUUAUCAACCUGAUUGACUCCCCUGGUCACGUCGAUUUCUCCUCCGAGGUCACUGCUGCCCUCCGUGUCACUGAUGGUGCUCUCGUUGUCGUCGACACCGUCGAAGGUGUGUGUGUGCAGACGGAGACUGUGCUCCGUCAGGCACUCGGUGAGCGUAUCAAGCCUGUCGUCAUUGUCAACAAGGUCGACCGUGCUCUUCUCGAGCUUCAGGUCUCCAAGGAAGACUUGUACCAGUCCUUCUCCCGAACCAUCGAGUCCGUCAACGUCAUCAUCUCCACCUACCUCGACAAGUCCCUCGGUGAUGUCCAGGUCUACCCCGACAAGGGCACUGUUGCCUUCGGUUCCGGUCUCCACGGCUGGGCCUUCACCAUCCGCCAGUUCGCCGUCAGGUACGCCAAGAAGUUCGGUGUCGACCGAAAGAAGAUGAUGGAGCGUCUCUGGGGCGAUAACUACUUCAACCCCAAGACCAAGAAGUGGACCAAGUCCGGCACCCACGACGGCAAGCAACUUGAGCGUGCCUUUAACCAGUUCAUCCUGGAUCCCAUCUUCAAGAUCUUCAACGCCGUCAUGAACUCCAAGAAGGAUGAAUUGGCCAUGCUUCUCGAGAAGCUCAACCUCAAGAUCGCCCCCGAGGACCGUGAUAAGGAGGGCAAGCCUCUCCUCAAGGUCGUCAUGCGAACCUUCCUUCCCGCUGCCGACUCCAUCAUUGAGAUGAUGAUUCUGCACCUUCCUUCCCCCGUCACCGCCCAGAAGUACCGUGUCGAGACUCUGUACGAGGGCCCCCCUGAUGAUGAGGCCGCUAUUGCCAUCCGCGACUGCAACCCCAAGGGUCCCCUCAUGCUUUACGUCUCCAAGAUGGUGCCGACCUCCGAUAAGGGUCGUUUCUACGCCUUCGGUCGUGUCUUCGCCGGUACCGUCCGAUCCGGUCUCAAGGUCCGCAUCCAGGGCCCCAACUACACCCCCGGUAAGAAGGAAGAUCUGUUCAUCAAGGCUAUCCAGCGUACCGUUCUCAUGAUGGGUGGCAAGGUCGAGCCCAUUGAUGACAUGCCUGCCGGUAACAUUGUCGGUCUCGUCGGUAUUGAUCAGUUCUUGCUCAAGUCCGGUACCCUCACCACCAUCGACACCGCCCACAACCUCAAGGUCAUGAAGUUCUCUGUCUCCCCGGUCGUCCAGCGGUCCGUCCAGGUCAAGAACGCUCAGGAUCUCCCCAAGCUUGUCGAAGGUCUCAAGCGUCUCUCCAAGUCCGACCCUUGCGUCUUGACUUACACUUCCGAUUCUGGUGAGCACGUCGUCGCCGGUGCUGGUGAGCUUCACUUGGAGAUUUGCUUGAAGGAUCUCGAGGAGGACCACGCUUGCGUUCCUCUCAUCAUCUCCGACCCUGUCGUGCAGUACCGUGAGACCGUCCAGACCAAGUCCAGCAUCACCGCGCUUUCCAAGUCGCCCAACAAGCACAACCGUAUCUACAUGGAUGCCGAGCCUCUUAGCGACGAGCUCUGCAAGGAUAUCGAGGACGGCAAGAUUUCUCCUCGUGACGAUAUGAAGGCCCGUGCCCGUGUCCUCGCUGACAACUACGGGUGGGAUGUUACCGACGCCCGAAAGAUCUGGGCUUUCGGUCCCGACAUGACUGGUGCCAACUUGAUUGUCGAUCAGACCAAGGCCGUCCAGUACCUCCACGAAAUCAAGGAUUCCGUCGCCUCCGGUUUCCAGUGGGCCACCCGCGAGGGUCCCCUCGGAGAGGAGCCUAUGCGUGGUAUCCGCUUCAACAUCAUGGAUGUUACCCUCCACGCCGAUGCCAUCCACCGUGGUGGUGGCCAGAUCAUCCCCACUACUCGUCGUGUGCUGUACGCCGCCACCCUCCUUGCCGACCCCACCCUUCUCGAGCCCGUCUUCCUUGUCGAGAUCCAGGUGCCCGAGCAGGCCAUGGGUGGUGUCUACGGUGUGCUCACCCGCCGCCGAGGACACGUCUUCAAUGAAGAGCAGCGUCCUGGUACUCCUCUCUUCACCAUCAAGGCUUACCUCCCCGUCAUGGAAUCCUUCGGCUUCAACGGUGAUCUCCGUCAAGCGACGUCCGGCCAGGCCUUCCCUCAGUCCGUCUUCGAUCACUGGCAGAUUCUUCCUGGUGGCUCGCCUCUCGAUGCCACCUCCAAGACCGGCCAGGUCGUCCAGGCCAUGCGUAAGCGCAAGGGUCUCAAGGUUGAGGUGCCCGGUGUUGAGAACUACUACGACAAGUUGUAA